AUGCUACCAACAUAUCUCAGCUCCGCCUCUGGGCUGAUCAAGACGCUCAAGGCUGCCUCUGAUCCGCCGCAAGCAGGUCUCCCUCUGAAGAUUGACAUCGCUCUUGAGGCAUGGCAGCGAGACUCGUUUCACGUUCCGCGCAAGGCUGAUGUCCUUAGAGAUUGGGUGAUCGAGACAUGGACCAGGAAUCACAAAGGGUGA